UUGAUGAAGUGUUUGUGGUUUACGCUGCAUGCUCAUUCCCAAACUUUGUAAAACUGAACUUAUUUUACACAAUAUACAUAAUUUUUCAAAACUCUAAAAUGAGCAAACAAGUCGACAUAAAAGCAUUAGUAUCACAUAUAGUAAAAGGAGAUGGAAUGGAUAAAUGCCGUAUUUGUAUGGGAAGUACAAAAGAAGGUCGAGUGUUCUUAGAGGACACAGUAAUGAUGGACGAAGGAAAAGCCUUUACUCUGGCCGAAGUCCUUGAAAGAAUAACGGGAAUUCAGAUGCAGUUACAAGACGAUCUCCCGGCAGGAAUCUGCUCAUCAUGCUCUGUGUCGGCUCUGAACGCUGCCGAAUUUCGUGUUCUAUGUUAUAAAGCGAAAUCCGAAUGGGAUAUAUUGAUAGAUCUCUUGGAUAACCUGCCCUUGCCAAAGGAUAAGCAAAGCACGGCAAUAUUUGCUGUAAUAAACAAAAACGAAAUGACUAUAGUCGAUGAUUUCAAUGAACCAAUAUCUAAAGAUACAGCGGCUACAAAAUUAUCGGAACAUCUCACAGGCAAAUCACAGAGACAGAUAUAUACAUGUACAGAAUGUUGUAAAACUUUCCGAAAUCCAUAUCAAUUGUAUGUUCAUUUAAAAGAGUCUACGGAUAUGAAAAGAGCAUGUUAUAUAUGUGGAGAUGUAAUGAUGAGGGAUUUGUUAGUUUCACAUUUGAAUAAUAGUCACAAUAAAAAGCCUAUAGAAUGUGAAGACUGUCCUGCGCUUUUAAUAAGUUUUGAACAGUACAAUGGCCAUCGGAUUAAAUUUCACGCUCCAAGUGCAAACAUUUGUAUAGAUUGUGGACAAUCGUUUCAAUCUGUAAAUGCACAACAUGCCCAUAUGUCAAUACACACACCAAAGUCAUGUCCUAGAUGCGAUAAAAUAUUCAAAAACCAAAAAUGUUACAUACAUCACUUCAAAAACUGUAUAAAUAAUGUUAAGAGUACAAUAGGGACAGUAUUAGACAAAACACCAAUCAGAGUUGGAUUGCGAGGCAGUGUUGACAAAAAAUGCAUUUGUGAUUACUGCGGUAAAGUAUUUGCUGGUAGAAAGAUCAUAUCAGCGCACAUACAAAUUGUGCAUAUGAAAAAUACGCACCAACCAUGCGUACAUUGCGGGAAAUUGUUGGCUGCAGCUCAUAUGUCAGAACAUGUGAAGUCACAUGACUUCAACCACACCUUUAAAUGUAACCAAUGUGGGAUAGUUUUGAAAUCUCGCCUUGGCUACGUUCAGCACUUACGCUUACACACGGGAGAGCGACCUUACGCAUGUAAGCAAUGUGGAGAAACAUUCUCAACGUCAUCACGACGAUCAGAGCACGUACGGCGAACGCAUAAGAAAUCGGAGAUCGUAUUAAAACACGCGUGUACGUACUGUGCAGCGAAGUUUCGUCUUCCCUACCGUUUACGAAAUCAUUUGCUAACGAUGCAUCCAAAUGAAUGUGAUUUACCAGAGAUGAAAUAUAAGUGUACGGUUUGUAAUGAGAGAUUUAGUACAUGUCGAGGCUUAGUGCAUCAUAGCAAAAAACAUCAGAAUGUGUUACUGUUCAAGAGGCAGAUUAGGGAUGCUGAGUUUAAAGUGUUGAAUGCGGAUUGGGAUCACUUUUAUGACAGUAUAACUCCGAAAAUAUAUGAUGAAGAGUUGUGCCCGAAAGGAAUAUGUGCAGCCUGCACAGACCUAGCCAAGGCUGCCUAUGAAUUCAGAAUUUUAGUACGAUCUUCAGCCAGUUUUUGGUUAAACUGCUUCAACUCUUUAGAUCUGCUCUCAGAUAGAAACAAAUGCUCCAAAUCUUUAUACGCUAUCUUCAACGACAAUCUCUCCUUACAAACGGUAAGGAACUUUGACGGGAAUGCGAAAAAUUUCGUCAACCAUUUUCUGAAUCAGCCCAAAAGGGAGAAAACACAUGAUAGACACGAUAAGAAACAAAGGAUUUCAAGGAAUGGGCCGUCUUGUGCCUGCACUGAUUGCGGCAAAGAGUUCCACAGUCCAUACUACUUGAAUUUACAUUUGAAAAACAGCAGUGAAAAAGAAGCAUGCCUGCUGUGUGCAAGCAUGGUAAACAGAGGAGAAGAAAUGAAAAAUCACUUGGCUAGUAUUCAUAAAAUUGAAAUGUUACUGUGCAAUGAAUGUCCGACGCUUCUGAAAAAUGCUUUAGACUUAAAGAGACAUCAAAAGAAGUGCCAUUCAACAAAUGCAUACACUUGUACUCAAUGUGGUAGGACAUUUACCAGGCAAGCAUCUUUCGAGCUUCAUGCCCAAAUGCACAUGGUCAGGACAUGUCGCGCGUGCGGCGAUCAAUUCACAAAUCGAGGUUGUUACCGCGUUCACAGGUCUAAAUGUGAGCCAGAUGCAAAACCUGACUUAAAAACGAUACCACGGAACAAGCGGUCCAACGUGCGCGAUCCGGCUACAUUCAUUUGCGAUUAUUGCAAUAAGACCUACCAUUCACGACCUCAAUUACAAAACCAUAUUAUUUGGAUCCAUAUGGAUGUGAGACCGCACCAAUGUCAGUGGUGUGGUAAGCGGUUCUACACGCCGGCUCGUUUAGCAGAACACAGUGUUGUGCAUACGCGGGAAAGGAACUUCGGUUGUGACAUUUGUGGCGCGAAAUUAGUUUCCAAAAUGGCCGCCGUUUACCAUAGACGAAGGCAUACGGGUGAAAAACCAUAUGAGUGUGAGGACUGUGGGGAGAAGUUUAUUUCGUCGUCAAGGAGAUCAGAGCAUGCAAAGCGGAGGCAUGAUAAAGGAACACGAUUACCAUGUUCUCUGUGUUCAGCCAGCUUUGUUAGAACUCAUGAACUAAAAAAGCAUAUGAAUAAAUCUCAUUGGUUAGAUGAUGGUUUGAAAAAGGAAAAGGAAAUGUUGGAAAUUGUGAAAUAGCUAAGAAACAAACAGAUAAACAAUAGGACUUGAUAAAGAGUGUGUUAAAUGAAUGUAAAGGAACUAAUUUAUUGUUAAUGGUGAAGCCAAGUGGGCUAUGUGGGAUUAUUUAUAUUUUUAUAAAGAAAAAUGUUCUCCCUCAAAACUAUUACUUACUUUGAUAAAUAAUAUUAACUAGCUUUCCGCCCGCGGCUUCGCCCGCGCAGUCUU